CUGCCACUUUUCCCUUUUACGUUUUAGGAAGCCGAGGCCAAAGGCACCCUUAAAAAUCCAAGAAAAUUAUGAAUCAGUCCUUCAAAAAAAUAAUAUUUGCAUCUUCCCUCUUUCACUUGGCCCUUCCUUAGUGCUCACUCAAAUUUCUGCUACAAUUUUUGGCGCCAGUGAGAUCUCAGGUCGCUGAGAGAGACUGAGGGAUCUGGUGAACCUCGAAAACUGUUCGAACCUCUAUAAACAUACAUUGAAUCUAUCAAGCGUAGCUCCAAUUCAACAGCCUACAAUAGCUCUCUUUGUUCUUUUUGUGGAGUAGGCAGCAAUAAUACUAUCAGCCAUUACAUCUAUGUUUGGAGGUCAAGCGAUAGCGCCUGGAAAUAGUCCGCAUUUGAGGAAGUCUGGUAGCCGACCUGUUGUCUCUGAUCUUGUGGAUGAGCAUGGAAAUGGUGCAGAAGAAGGUUUCUUCCAUUCAAUGGAGUUGAAUGAUUUGAAGAGUAUGAUUACUCCAAUUAGCACUGCUGCAAUAAUGCCAUCUCCAGUAUUGUUGUGGAGAUUCAAGGUAUUAUUGUUCUGUCUUUGGGGUUUCAUUUGUUGUAAGAUUGGAUGGGAUUCUGUCAUGAGAAUGAGUGUGGAUUUGCGGGACCUCUUUCUAUACGAGGCAUUUUUGUAUUACAAUCCGCUCCUUCUUGUGACUAUGAUGGUUUGGCUUUGGGGAGUUAACUUAUGGGUUUUUGCCCAGUCUACUGUCAGUUAUGCAAAAGUUUUUGAUCUUGACCAAAAUCAUCUUUCCCACAGAGAAAUAUGGAAGGUUGCUACAUGGAUGACCAUUGUUGUCCCAACUAGCAUGACUGCAUAUCUUUACCUUUAUUCCCAUGGAGAAGUAUCGUUGGCUGCAUCACAACCAGUCCUCUUAUACUUAGCGGUCAUGAUGGUUUUGAUAUUCCCGUUUGAUAUAUUUUAUUUAUCAUCCCGCUACUACUUGUUAAGGACCCUUUGGCGGAUAGUUUUCCCACUGCAGGCAAUUACAUUUUCUGAUUUUUUCUUGGCCGAUAUUUUGACCUCCAUGUCAAAGGUUUUUUCAGAUUUGGAGCGUUCAGCAUGUCGAAUGGUUCAUCGACAGGUCGCCACCAUUGCAUGGUUUGAGGCUGAUUCUGUCUGUGGCAGUCACUCUAUUGUCAUUCCUUUAGUCCUUGUUUCACCUUACAUUUUCAGGUUGUUCCAAUGUCUUCGACAAUACAAGGAUACCAGGGAGAAAACAUCUCUAUUUAAUGCUUUAAAAUAUUCGACUGCGGUGCCAGUGAUUUUUCUUUCAGCCCUUAAAUAUCAUGUCAUCCCUGAGAGGUGGACAAAUUUUUAUAGGCCGCUAUGGCUUUUAUCAAGUGUUCUGAACUCAUUGUAUUCGUUCUAUUGGGAUGUGACUCGGGAUUGGGACUUGAGCUGCUUCACUCGAAUUUUCAAAUUCAACAAACCGAACCUCUGCUCGUACUUGCUAUAUGGACGAAAAUGGGUAUAUUUUUGGGUUAUAGGAAGCAAUUUGAUUCUGCGAUGCACAUGGACAUACAAGCUAUCUGCCCAUCUCCGACAUAAUUACCUUACGGUUUUCACGAUUAAUCUGUUGGAGAUGGUCCGGCGUUUCCAGUGGAUUUUCUUUCGCGUUGAAAAUGAGUGGAAUAAAAUGAGUUCCAAAGCAAAUGUUCAGUUCUCUGUUAAUGAUAUCUCAAACGAGGAAGCCAAGUUACUAGUUUUCCAGUAAUCACAAUGUAUAGACAGACAACCACCAGCAUCAUGGAGAUUUUGGACAAUGCCCUCCAUAGUUUUGCUGAAAAGUUCUAUUCAUUCUAUUUUUAAUUUUCAAUUUUGCUUGAUUAAUUAAAAAAAAUCUUAUUUUCUUUAACAAA